AUGUCACCCAAUUCACCAGUGGCGAGGGUCCGAGGAGACGCGGUGGGCCGGUGGGGCCGGCGGGGUGGCGCUAAUAGCGGUAGUGGGGAAGAGGGCGGCAAGGAGGAAGAGGAGGAGGCGGAGAUGGAACAUGAGGAGGCGGCGGUGUGCCGGUUCAACCUUCUGCGCCGAACGUCUGCGGAGUUGCCGUGCAAGGUGGCGGCAGCGCCACAGCCGGUGCCGCCGCCGCUGCAGCGGAUCGCCCUGAGGGGGCCCGCCGCCGCCGCGUCGGCGGCCAGCGAGGAUGGUGACGAUGAAGAGGAACAGGAAGAGGAAGAGGUCGUACCGCGGUUCAACCUGCUCCGACGCGCGCCAGCAGGGCUGGCCCGUACGGCGCCGCUACUACCACUAUCUCGGAUUGCUGGCGGUGGCGGCGGCGCCGCCGCUGCUGCGGCCGUCCAGUCUGUGGGAGAUGUAGCAUUGGGCCGUUCGAUUACCUGCCAUGCAGUCGGGACAGGAGGCGAACCAACCGCCGCAUGCCUUGCAGCGGCCGGCUCGAGGACCCCACCACUUCUUGCACGGCAGGUCCACGCGGACGUCAGUAGCCCCAAUCGUGUGUACGGCUGCGCCGCCGCGGUCGUGGCGGAGCCGUCAAAUGAGCUGCCGCCGCCACAGCAAGGGUACGCGGCUGGUCGCAGGAGGUUAGCAGCUACCGGUAGGCAAGUAUCACCGCUGCCGUCCAGCGCCAGGUCGCCUAUUGCGCCUCCGUCAGCAGCAGCAGCAGCGGUGCCGCUGGCGCCAGCUGCUGCUGCGAGUGGCAGUCACACGGGCCCAGCUAGUAGCUCCGAUGCCGCACUGGCACGUGCCAUUCAAGCCGCGCACCAACGGCGACGUUCCGCUCCAACGCGGCUCCGCUGCCUCUUUGGGGAAGACCAUGACGGCGGUGGCGGUGAAGGUGGCGAUGGGCCCAAUGGCGACGGUGGCAAUGGCGAUGGAGCGGCGGCGGUGUACGGCUCGCACCCGCUUCAGCAGCCGCAGGCUGCCGAUGACGUGCCCGGCUACGUCCGCGGUGAUGGCCUUGGCAGCCCCCUCCAUCCAGUAAAGGACCCAGAGGAGGCCGUCAUACGCGGAGGACAGCCGUUGCCGCCAGCUCAGUCAAGGCGACAGCGACCCAUGGGUCACAGUCUGCCGCCAGCCUACAACGGGGCGCCGGCACCGGAAAGGCCCAGCAUGCAGCCGCCGGUGCCGCGGAGGGGUACCCGCGGCCGUUUGGCAUUGCCGCCGAUGCGACAGCCGAUGCCGAUGGAGGAGGAGGAGCAGCCACAAACCUGUCAGCCACUGCCACUGCCGCCUCAGAAGCUGCAGGCACAGCGAGAUUACAACCAGCCGCUGCAGCGGCAGCGACAGCAAAAUGCAGCGGCGACGGAGCAACUACCGGAACCCUGCCAACGCCAGCACCCGCCGUGCCAGACAAUAGAACAUCAGGGCCCUGCAUCACAGCAACAACAACAGCAGCAGUCAGCUUUCGCAGCGGGGCAGAGUCAGGGCCAGGGCCUGAGCCAGGCACCGGCUGCUGCCGCCGCUGCCGCAUUGGCCGCUGCAGGCCCCGCCGCCAUCAAGCGCCGCUCGGCAGCAGCAACCAAGAACGCGGCUGCUGCAGCAGGUACCCAAAGCAUCAUGUCGUUUCUGCUGCGAAGGCCUCAGGCGCCCUCUCAGCUGGCAGCUGUAGCACCACCGGCAGUAGCGGCAACUGCCGCCUCAGCGCCCGUCUCUGCCGCCAGCAGCCCCCUGGAGCCUUCCGGCCCCUCCCAGAAACGACCCAGGCUGAUGCGUCUAUCGGCGCCGGAGGCCCCCGCUGCCGCCGCCACAGCGGCGGCCGCUGCUGCCGCUGUACGGCCCCGUCACGUUACUAUAGACCUUGCAAGUAACGACGCCAGUGGCGAGGCGCGUGUUGGCACAGCCUGCGCUGAUCUGGGCGGGUGGAACUUGACUGGCGGCUGCCGUACACCGGUUGUCGUACUGUUGAAUGACGAUGAAGGCGAGGAUGGGGAUGGGAAUGGGAAUGAGCUUGGCAGUAGCGCUGUUGCCGCAGGUGCAGCGGCGGCGGCGGCGGCAGCAGCACCAGCGGGUGUGCCGGGCAAAGGGCUGGCUGGCGGCGGGGAAGGGGGGUCCGCUGAGUUGGAAGACGAGGAGGAGGAACGUAUGAGGACGGGGGCUGGGCGACAAAGAAGGCUGAAGCGGCGGCACACCGUGUUGUUUGGGGAUGAUGAUGAGGCGGAAGGCGAAGCUUUGGACAGCAGCAUCGACAUCUCCAUCAACAUCACCAUCACCACCAUAAUCAGCAGCAUCACCCGCACCAGCAGCAAGGGCGUCAGCAGCCGCAGGAGCACCAACAAGACGAGGAGGACGUUAUUGAAGACUGCUCGCAGGACGACGACGACGAUUCUGAACUUCUUGGACUGCCGCGGUGCACAGACAGAGCUGCAGGUGGGCGCGGAGGCGCCGCCAGUGGAUUUGGUAGCCUCAAUGGCGGCGGAGGUUGCUUGUCGGGUAUGGCCGCCGCCGCCGCCACCGCUGGCGGUGGCCGUCUGGCAGCAGCGGCAGCAGCUCGCCACAGCAUCGGCGACGCGGGUGGGCGAGGGCUGGCCAGUGCCACCGCCGGCGGCUGCGGCGUCGAGGCUGUACGACGGCUCAGCCUACCGGCGUCAGGGGCUUUGCCGCUACAGCAGUCCGCACCCGCACCCACAGCAGCACCCGCACCCACAGCCGCCGCCGCCGCCGCCGCGGGCCGAGGGCCCCUGGUGGACCUUGCUGCCGGACUUCGUGCCAGCUGCCGCUCUGGCCGGCGGGUACGACCCGAGGGUUGGGGGACGCUUCUCCGUGCGCCGUGUGUUUUCCGACCGGGUGCACAUCCCGCUCUUGACCUCAGCCACUGUAACUGACACGUACCACAGCUGCCGCUACCGCUCGGGCACUGCUGCAGGGCCGAGUGGCAGCGGCGGCGGCGGCGCAGCAGCAGCAGCAGCAGCUGGUCCCAACGGUACGUACGGCACGGGAGCAAACGGAGGAGGGCAAGGCGCUGGCGGCGGAGGGUUCGGCGGAGCCGACAACGACGUCUUUGACUGGGCGCGGGAGCUACGUAACGACAAAUCACGUGCUGGCGGCGGCGGCGGAGGGUCGUCGCGCUCCAGGAGGGCUUCAGCGCCGACGGCAGGGGGCGGCAGCGGGGCGGCGGCGCUUGGUGACGUUGGCGGCGGUGGCGGCGGUCGGUGGUACACCAAUAGCUCUGGUAUCAGGGUCUACGUAGAGGGCGGCCAGGAGUACACGGGACGUGAAGCCUACAAGCGAUACCGGAGGUCGUCGUUGGGAGGGGAACCUGACGAGGCCCACCCGGCGGCGAGUGUGCGACGCGGCCGAGGCGGCAGCAAGGGCAGGGGACGCAAGGGCAGGGGACGCAAGGGCAAGGGUGGCGGCAAGAGCAAGGCGGCGGCGAGUGACGGCGGCGUGAGGAAAAAAGGCAGUGGCGGCAAGAAGGCGGCGCCGGCUGCGGGCGUGUGGCUGGCAAAGGGCAAGGGCGCGAAGGGCAAAUGA